AUCAGUGAUCAGAGCAUUUGCAAACGUUUAAACGUACAGUUUAACUGAAAAUCACACCGUUAACAUUUUAAAAUCGCCGACCAAGUCGUGUACAAUAUCUAUCUCAACAAAAAAGCAACAUAAACAAAAAAUCCAAAAUCAAAAUGAAAGUGUUUGUGGUAUUAUCAGCUGUUUUGGCUAUCGCUUGCGCCGCUCCAGGUGCUAACAGUGUUAACGAUGAAUCAUCAUCGUUCCGUAAAAUGUUUGCCAAUUGUUUGGGAAGUGAAGAUACAGUGACAUGUUUAUCAGUCAAAGGAAUUACAGCUUUGAAUCGUGCCGCUCGUAGUGCAAGCAUCGAAAUUUUGCCAGGAGUUUCUUUCAAUAGAGAUCCAACCGUUUCGGCUCGCAAUGCUAAAGCAAUUUCGGAAAAUGAAAUCGUCGACUCACUACCAGCUGAAGAAUCGGAACGCAGUGGUCGUCUCUUCGAUUUGGCCAUGGAUUCAUUGUCGAACUUUGCUCAAUCACAUUCGUUGGAAGUGAAAUUCCCAAAAGAGACCACACAACAUGUUGCACGUGCCAUCGAAGAAGGACGUGGUAAAUUGAAGAAAGUUGCCGGACCAUUGUUGUUGGCUUUUGGUGCAAAAUUGAUUGCUCUCGUUCCAUUGUUCUUGGGUGGUUUGAUUUUCUUGGCAAUUAAGGCUUUGGUCGUCUCAAAGAUUGCAUUCAUUUUGGCCGCUAUUCUUGGUUUCCAAAAAUUCGGUGCCGCUGGCAAUGGCUUGCUCAGUAAAGUAACCAACGGUGUCAAUGGAUGGGGACAAGGUGCACAAACAAGUGGAUGGUCAUCGGGAUCAGGUAUUUCACAACAAUACCCAUAUGCCAGAAACUAUGAAAACGCACAAGAUUUGGCCUACAAUGCACACGCCGGCGAAAUUCCAGCCGCUGAACAAUAAACUGUAUCGUUGACACACACACGCACAAAAUUCCCAUUUCAUCGUUAGAUCAUAACAACCGUUUUUAUUCACAUACAAAAAACGAUAUGAAGCACGUUGUGAGUAACGAGAAAUGGCGAACGAGGAAAAAAACAAAAUCUAGUAUUUAUUUAGAUAAUCGAGAAAAAAAAAACUACAACAAA